GGAAAUUUUCCUGGUGAUUUUCUUCUUUCGGCUCGGGCUAACUGAAUUGUCCCACCAUUUCUUCUUAAAGAGUCGCCGGUCAAUUCUCAUCCUCUUUCUCUCCUGUUUCUUCCUUCAAACUUCCCAUCCGUAUCUUCUCCCGUAUCGUCGGGUCGUCCCAAAGUCGCACGAAAUCGCGUCCCGACCAUGUACGAUUUCACCGUCCACGGCGAGGCGAACCCGGCCGUCAUUCGCAUCGGCCUGCCUCCUUCGUCCCUCUUGAAAUUCCCUCCCAGCGAGCUCCCAGCCACUGUCCCCGCCCCUGUGAUCUCCGAGCCGACAUGGAACCAGCCCUUCAACAUCCCUCCGACGCUCUACAACCAGCUAUUGGACGUGCGCGUUCCGAUCACAAUUGCGAGUGUGUACGCUGUGACCGUGGUCCUCGUCAAUCGCAUCAACAAGAGCCGGGGUUACAAGCCUUAUGGAUUCAGUCAGACGCGUCUCUUCAAGCUGUUCGUCAUCCUCCACAACGUUUUCCUGGCCAUUUACUCGGCAUGGACUUUUGCGGGCAUGAUCCGUGCGUUCCGCAGCUCGUGGCCCAGUCGGGAUGAUCCCAACUACGUCGCAGCUGUUGCCGAUACGCUGUGCAAGAUCAAUGGACCUCGUGGUUACGGUAAUGCGGCUACGUACGACUCUACCAUCGACCAGUGGACUUUCCGCAACCCCGAGUUCAGCCUGGCUGCAGGCGGUGUUCCGGACCCCUCCGAUCUUGGUCGUCUCUGGAAUGAGGGUCUGGCCUUCCUCGGCUGGAUUUUCUACCUGUCCAAGUUCUACGAGGUCCUUGAUACCGUCAUCAUCCUGGCCAAGGGUAAGAAGAGCUCGACCCUGCAGACUUACCAUCACGCCGGUGCCAUGAUGUGCAUGUGGGCCGGUAUCCGUUACGUCGCAGCUCCUAUCUGGAUCUUCACCUUGGUCAACUCUGGAAUUCAUGCUUUGAUGUACACCUACUACACUGUGACUGCGCUGCGCAUUCGCGUCCCCACCGUGAUCAAGAGAUCCUUGACCACCAUGCAAAUCACCCAGUUUAUCAUUGGCUCCACCAUGGCUGCUUCCUACCUGUUCUUCAGCUACACUCUUCCUGUGGGCCAGACCGCUCCGGCCUCUCCUGUUGACACCCCGACUGUGCCGGCUGGUACUGCCGGUGCUGGACUUGUGCCAUGGCUCAAGAAGCUCGGGUUCCGCGCUGCGGGUGCGGAAGGGAUCGCCGAGAAUGUGGGCGUUCCGGAAGCUACUGCUGGUGCGCGCGUCCUCCAUGUCGGACCGAUGGUGACCUGUAUGGACACCAGCGGCCAGGGCUUCGCUAUCUGGCUCAACGUGAUGUACCUUCUGCCUUUGACCUACCUCUUUGCCCGGUUCUUCGUUCGCUCGUACCUCUACCGCAAGGAGCCCGGUCCCCGUCAGCCGACUCAGUUGCACGCCGCUGAGAAAGCCGGAAUGGAUGCCCUGAGAGGCGUGAGCCGCGAGAUCCGCAAGGCCGUCGAGGUCAACGGAGAGACCAGUGAAGCUACCGAAGAUGAGGCUGUGAACAAGAUCCAGGCCCUUCGGGCACAGAAGAACCAGCAGAAGCCUGCUGAGAACUCUCCUAUUCGCACCCGCGCAACUGCUGCCAAGCAGAAAACGCGUGUCGCCAGCAGUGAUGCUGACUCCGACUCGGGUUUCUCGACCGUCAGCGGCAAGAAGGGCGCGAAGAAGGCCACUAAGGAAGAGCUCCAGAGCUCGACCAUUGUCGUGGACACUAAAGACUCCAACCCCUACGAGGUUCUGGAUCGCUCUGCCUAAGUCUUCGGCAGCGCUGGUUAUGGGUGACUUAUGUGGAGCCUCGAAUCAGUAUAGAAGGAUAAAACUAUUUUUUACGAAGAUCAACUCAAGGCGACGUAGCCUGUCGCCUCGGCCCGAAUCGCGAAAU